AUGCCACGGGCCUCUGAAUUGCAAUCGCAAUCGAAAAAUAACCCUAGAUACGCCAAGGGCCCCAUACACAGAAUCUCGGCCUCGGAUGAACCGAGAACAGAAGUCAAGGAGAAGUCAGAGGACACAGAAAAGGAAGAUGUCGGGAAAGAAGUGAAGCAGGAAGUGAAAUACCACGUGAAUAUUGAAGAUGAGGGCUUGAAAGAACUGCUGACUAUUGAUGAGCAGUUCAGACCAUUGUUAGUGUUGCUGGAACAGUUCUCUCUCGGCGAAGAUGGCAUACAGUUCAACAGGAAGCUGCGUCACUUCGAGUCCACAGUCACCACCAUGUGCCCAGACGAAGCCAGGCUGCAGCAAGCCUUCGCGACCUUCCGCGCCGCAGCGCUAUGUAGCUCGGUCACAGCAAGAAAACUGGCCGCUGUGGGCGCUUCCUUCACGCGGCAGCAACGACAGCAGUUGCUGAGAGGAGCGCUGCUAAACGUCGUCAUGCAGGGCACCUUCUCCAUAACAGCAAGAAAACUGGCCGCUGUGGGCGCUUCCUUCACGCGGCAGCAACGACAGCAGUUGCUGAGAGGAGCGCUGCUAAACGUCGUCAUGCAGGGCACCUUCUCCAAAUUAGACGUGUUGGAGCGAGCGAACCCACAGUUUUUAAUAAACGCUUCGAAUCUCAUGGGAGAUUAUUUCGCAGAGGCGCGUCUCUGCAACGGCAACAAAGUGCACAUCCUAGCCAGCCCGCUGCUGCAGUACAUGCGAGCGUUGCUGGCUUCAGACGACAUCAGGGCACACAGGAGUCUGGCUACACAGUUAAUGCAAAAUGGUCGCGAGUUACUAUCCCAACACACAGCACAAGAGCUCGACGACUUAUCCAUAUCGAUCCGCCUCCGGUUGCUCUCCCCCCCGCCCGUCUCAAUCAUCUGGCUCCUCCUCUCCGCGGACUUAUGCCUCAACAAGUUUCUACCACUCCCAAACACGCUCCAACAGUUCUACGCCUCACAUCUAGAACUUACCCCCGACGAAAACUACAGCGAAGUCAGUUAUGGCUCGUGGAAAAAGAGCCCGGAGAAAGAUGAGUACAGGUCUGACGUUAGCACGGACAGUGUGGCUGAGAAAGCCAGUCAGAAUGUAUCGCAGAUCAGUUUGAGCGAUGAUAUUGAUACAAAACCAAAGUUGAGACCGAUAUUGGGGGCUGGAGCAGGAUUAUUGAGACAGGAGCAAGCAUUAUCCGUUAGCCAGGACACAUUUGAGACGUGGACAGCUAAGAGCAGUUUAUCCAAGCGAUACGACUUGAACUCGUGGAGACAGGCUGAAGAUGAAAAAGAAGUGGAAGAACCAGUGUUCAACCCGGCUGUGUUACCUCCAAAUUUUCCAGUGACAGUGCCAGAUUACCCACCACCCACGACCAGGUUUAGCUACCCGGAGAAUAUGGCAAAUUAUCUCCAGCAAGGUGACGGAGCAUAUAUUCAGAACCAGUAUCCGGCUAACAGCACAGCGAAUUUCAACCAACAAGGGGAUACGUAUCAGUUCGCACAAAACGAAAGACCGCAGCCUGAGAAAGUGAACAACGAGAUUCAAAAAAACGCUCAGAAUAGACGACCUAUUGAAAAUUGGAGACGGGAAAAAAGCGAUUUGAAGGAAGACGCUAACAGAAAUAGACAGCGCAACUGGACUCGCCAGCGGUCCAAAGACAACAUAGACGAUGAUGACGACAAAGAAAAGUUUAAGGACGGCGAAAAAUUUCCCAGGUCCUCCUCCAGGAAUUCCCGGGAAUCGCGUCCGGGGAACAGGAUGCCUCGACGGAAUAGCGGGGAAAGUUCGGAGUCGGUGAACACGAAUUCCGGGAAAACUCCACCAAGGAGGCAUGUGACGGACGUUCCCAGGAAUCAGAAGUACUGGGACCACGAUGACCGGUGCGAUAAGGACUAUAAUAGUUAGUGAAAGUGUUGUGGACAUGUAUGUGUUUGUUCUAGUGGGAGGUGACAUUUUUGGUGCAGAAAAUUGACCGGUAAGUCAAUUUUUAUUUCAUUGACUUUUCCAACAAUGAUCAUCAGACACAAAAGAUUCCUUUUUUUAAGUAAUUUAUCGGAGUAUAUUUUUUUCAAAUUGUCAAAAUUCACAUUUAAUUACAUUAUUUUCAUUGUUUCAUAUUAUUUUAUUUUAAUUCAUAUGUCUUAUGCUCAAAUAAUUUAAUAAAUUCUGUACGGUAACUUGAAUUUAUAUCUUUCUUUGUUGUGUCAAAAAAAAUGUCAAUGAAAUUCAACCAUACAAUUUACUUUUACGAAACAAACUGAAAAUAUACAAUGAUAAGACUUGCAGAUUUAAUGAAAUAGAAUAGAUAUAAAUAAAUUAUAUCUCUAAAAAGACCGCCUUCCACUAGAACGUUUUUUAUAUAAGUUAGCAAUAGACAUGUAUGUAUAGUGAAAUUUUAAGUGCUAGACGAGUCGACUGGUAGAAAUGCCUUGUUGUAUAAGUCCGAUUUGUGACGUGCUAAAUUUUUGUAUAUUUUUUGUAACUUGACGUUGGACUGUGUAAAGAAAGAAGCUGUAAUGUGAUUUUUGGUUGAGAUAUAACGGAUUAUUGGAAGGAAAAGUUCUGCAUGGUGCCUGAUACGCAUAUGGUUUGGUUUGUAGACAAUUUGGAAAGAAGUAUUGUUUGGAAGUAGCCUGGGAAAAGUUUAAAGGGCAAUUUACUAUUGGUUUUCAUACUAAAGUUAGUUUCAAUAGUACGUCCAUUGAAAUGCUUGGUGUUAGCUGAUUUGUAAAAAGAAAAAAAGAACCACUGUUUGUUGGAAGUUGGUUAAAAUUUUCAUUUUCAUCGCACUAGAUGGCCCACAAAACUCUCAUGUAACUUCUCAAAGGCUCUGUUUCUUUAAAAAUUUUAAAUAAAUAAAUUCCAUAACAUUAUUGCUUUAACCUUCUAGAUUAAUGUUAAAACAUAACACUCCGGCCUGGAGUCGGUUAAAAUUGUCUCGCAAAAUGGUGAUCAUUAUUUAGUUAGACCCUAAGUAAGAUAAUGGAAAAUAAUCAUUAGUUUAGUAAUUUUCAUUGUUUUUAUUAGAAUUUCGCCCGCAGUCCAACAUAACUUGAAAUGGUAAAAAGAAUAAAAAUAAUGGUGCAUAAACUAGUCCCAAUUUAAAUUGACUAAACAUUUUUAAUCAAUGUAGUACAAAAAUGCUAGCAAUAAUUUUUUACUGUUGAACAUUGAUUUGAAAACUCAAGGAUUUGCACUAAAAAUUGUGACUGAAUUGUCACAAAUAAAUCUAUGGAUCUAAAACUAAAUUCCAUAUUAAUUCUGCAUUCGAUCUAGCAGAUGGAAUAUUGCUUGGAAAUUUUCAAAUAAGGCAUGGUUUAUUCGUUGUAUCGAAUAAAAUUUAAACGUAUCUUACAACGCCUUCAUUGUAGACUUUUAGUUAAACCAUUGAAGCCAUUAAAUAGAAUUUGGUUAGUUAAGACUUAUUUUAUUAGUAAAAGAAGAAAUAUUAUCAAAACUUACAUUUAUUAUUUGAGAACUAACCCCUACUUACUAUAAAAUAGCACAAAAAUCCAUACCUACUUAAUAAAAUCAUCUUUAAUACCAUCAUUUACAUUAAAUUCUCCGCAUUCCGCCUAAAAAAGCUGGACAAAAUAAUAAAUAAAUAAAAUUGUCUACUAAAAUGUUAAUAAACAAUCUUAUUUAUAUUAUUAAGUGAUAAAGCCGUUUGCUCAAUUCUUUUUUACCUCCAAUAAAUAAAAUUGUCUUGUACAGUCAGCUUCAGAAAGUUCGUGACACCCAAAGUAGCCAAAAAGUUUGCUACGUCGUUGUUACAAUGAGGGCUAUCGUUUUAGCGCUCACCAGUUGGCGCCACUGUAGAGUAAGGUCCAGUCACUUGCUAGUAGCGAAGACAGUGGCGCCAACUUGUGAGCGCUAAAGUGGUAGGAGGACUAUCGUAUUUGCACUCAUCAAGAUGGCGCCACUGUAGAGUAAGGUCCUGUCAAUAGCCAGGGGUGCCAACUGUUAAGUAUAAAAACGAUAGCCCUCAUUGGAAUAAGAUUGUGUUGUCAACUUUUUGGCCACUUUGGGUGUCACGAACUAUUUGACGCUGACUGUAAUAGUUUCGUCAUAGUUUGCCAAAAACAUAGUUAAUUUUUUCACUUUCCGUAAGUUGAGCCUGUCCUCUACAAAAACUAUCAUCGGUGAAAGCAAGGUUACUCCCAAAAACGUCUGAAGUUCGUAUAUUUCCAUCCCUCUCACACAAAGCGAGAUAUCAGCAUGAGCGAUAGUGACAGAUAUACCGUUUCGGAGUAACCCUGCAGAUACAGACAAAAAAUGAAACAAAGCCAUGAGUAUGAGUACAGUCAUCUUCAAAUAGUCCGUCAGUGUUCGAAAAUUCGAAUUUUCGAACCCUGAGUCCAUGACACCCUGGGUGGCCAAAAAGUUGUUGUCAUCCUUAUUCUAAUGAGGGCUAUCGUUUUUAUACUUAACAGUUAGCACCCCUGGCGAUUGACAGGACCUUACUCUACAGUGGCGCCAUCUUGAUAAGUGCAAAUACGAUAGUCCUCCUACCACUUUAGCGCUCACAAGUUGGCGCCACUGUCUUCGCUACUAGCAAGUGACAGGACCUUACUCUACAGUGGCGCUAACUGGUGAGCGCUAAAACGAUAGCCCUCAUUGUAACAAAGAAUUAUUGCGAACUUUUUGGCUACUUUGGGUGUCACGAACUAUUUGGCGCUGACUGUACCAGACAAUGGAUAUGUCCACACUUAUGUUUUAAGCCUUUACCCUUAAAAUUUAAGGAAUUGGUUGCUACUGUAUACCUAGUUUAAGUUUCAUUAUUUUAGACUUACUAAAGGCUAGGCUUUAAAAAGCCGUAAGUGCCAAUAAUAUUCUAAAGGAUGAGAGGAUUGACCUGUGGGGGACUCGAAUUGUAUGAAAAUACACAAUAAAUGGAUAUUUAACGAUGUAAAUACACACAGCGCCCCUAGCGGAGCGGUUUGGAAGCUUUAUUGAUAAAAGUGUGUGAAGAGCCAAAACACUUAUACAGGGUGUCCAAAAACAACGUCUAGCGGGCUCCGAACGAACAGGCUACCUCUAAACAGCAUUUUUCUUAGAGUGACAAUUUUCUUGACGUUUUGCGACAUUCUGUAUUAGCUCGGCUUAUAAUUUUGGUUGUAAUGUUUGCUACACAAACUUUCGGUGAAAUCAUCAUUUUGUAUGAGGUGAGAUACAAGCCAAGAGCUUCUGCCAUGUGGGUAAAACUCGUAGCAAUCCAAUUGCAAUAUCUUCCAAAGGCCAAAUUCUAUUGACGAGAGUAAAUUGGACGCUGAAUUAUGCUCUACUUGAGUAUUUCAAAGCUUCCAAAUAUCACCGCUAUUGGCGCUAGCGUCGUAUACUAACACGGAUUAUAGAAAGUGAUAGCAAAGGGAGAACUCUGAACGACAAAUGCAUAAUAUUAAGUAGACAAAUAGUUUCGUAGCCUUAAAGUAGUUGUAAUUUAAGUUUAGGCAAGACAGCUCUAUGUUUGAUAAUGGCGACGCAUUUUGUAAGAAGACUGCCUGAAAUUAGAACUUGGUUUAUAUUUACCAUUGCGCGUUUUCUAGUUAAAGGACGUAACACACUUAUCAACCCGCAAAGGGAUCGUAACCGUACGUAUCAACUCGAGGCGGUCAGUAUUCUUUAUAUGGAACUGGAACUCCAUACUGCAACGCACACUUAUCCGCACCGUAACGCAAACGCCUCGCGGUUGACAUCGCGCAAAAGGCGAUGCGGUGUUGAUCCUUUUCCGAGUUGAUAAGUCUGCUAUGACCUUAAAAGUAUAUCCCUGAGGGGUAAAACUGAAAUGAACAACUUAACGUUCGGAUGCGGUGUCGGAAUCGCGCGUUUCAGCAACUGCUGUCGCUGCGUCGAGCUUCCAAAAAGCGACUCAAUCGCCCGCGUUUAGCGUGUGGAAUGUGUGCUCGCUGCAUUCAACUCCUAAAAAGUGGCUAAAGCGCCGAUCGCCGAUGCUAAAAGUAGGUCUAAGAUACAGUCAGCGUUAAAAAGUUCGUGACACCCAAAGUAGCCAAAAAGUUCGCAACACGUCUUUGUUACAUUGGAAUAAGGUUGCGUUGUCAACUUUUUGGCCACUUUGGAUGUCCGAACUAUUUGGCGCUUCUGUACAUUCUGUAGGUAGAGAAAGUUGUUUUUUUAAUUCUAAAGUAACGCUCAAGCCCCAGUGACUUGGCUAAAUGGUAUAUUUCUAAAAAUUUCACGGCAGUCUUAUUACCAUGCUAGUUUCUGAUAUCCCACAAUGUCUGGGACAAAAGUACCUGUGUAGAAUAUGCACAAUUAUUGUUAUGAUUAGUAUGCGUAGUAAUAUACAGGGUGAAAUCAGAUAUGCGUGUAAAAAACAUUUUUUCCAUCAAAAUUCUGGUUGAGAUUUUUGCAAACGCAAGUUUACUAGGAUUCGAAGGGUUAUUGUCGAUUUGCCACAGAAUCAUCACAGGAUAUGUACAUGUGUAAGUUUGUCACUCAUCAUUUAUCGUGUCUUGUUGCGAAUUAAUUUGUUGUAACCUUGUAAGUAAUGCAGCAUAAAACUUAUAAAUACAUAUUUUAUUGUACCACAUUAUCUCGGUGAAUAAAUAAUCUUUGAAUUUUUAAAAAUGUGACGAAUAAUUGUGGCAAGUAGACAAUAACUAUUAUAAUGACCUCGCUAGUUCCCAUGUUUGAUUUCACCCUGUAUUAAAAUAAAUAUAUUUUAAGUACAGAACAUGAUUUUGUAUAAUAUUCUUAAAACUUAAAGUAACCUCUAAAAACUGUUUUAAUUUUGUCUUGUACCAUGCUGUGGUGGGAAAGAGAACGAUAGAUAAAGAAAGGUUCGAAUGAUUAAAUAAAAUUUUAAAUCUAGAUUAAAAUUGAAAUUGUAUGUAUUUGAUAGAAUAAUGUUAGCUACUAAAAGGUGUCAAGGAAUUUUUGUAACACAAAUAAUUUUGGUGUAUUUAGCUAAUUGGAAUUACUUGAUCUUUAUUUUGACUGUGUAAAACAAAGAUACUUACCAUAAGCAGUUCUCAAAUAGUAGUAAGCAGACCACUACCCUCCUAUGUUCUUCUGAUUAAUUUCGUUGCGGGUUCAAUGACAGUUAACUUUCCCCCGGAACAAACUUGGCCUUCACUGGUUGGGUUGUUGGCGGUCAAGCUGUAAAUCCUGGCUACACAGGAGUUGCAGCGGUGGGAACGAGAGGUGGGAAUAGUCCCGUAGACCACCAGUCUUAACUGGUUGGGUUUGAUUGGCGCCCAAACUGUAGCUGACUAUGCAGGAGCUACAGUGGAUUAUAGACCAUAAACCGUUUGGAAUAUGGUUCAAGGAUACUUCUUGAAUAACCAGUGGUUUAUAGUGGUCUAGACUGAUUUGAGAACUGCUGAUGAAAGUUUCUUGUAGAUCAAAAUUGUAAUUACAAUCUUAGAGUUCUAAUUUGAACUUUGUGUCUCGGUUUUAAAGUCUACAAAGAGAAUGCACAUCGGAUUUUAGACGCUCUUAAGUGCGUAUCACAGAACUACUCAAGACUUGAUUAAAUUUUAAGCAUAGAUAGGGUCUAGAAUCUAGACCCAUCAACCAUCUAGCUAGACUAGUUGGUUGGGUAUCAAUAUUUAGACACAUCACAGACUAGAACCCUGUUUCUGAAUGAGACUACUUGAGCAUGCUCAUAUUUUAAUCAAGUAAGAACUUUUCAUACUAAAUUCAUUUUUGAGUUCUACUCAAAAUGUUGAUGAGCAUGCUACGAUUUCGACCGGGCUCGCUUUCUAAGAUUGAGUAAAGUUUUGAGUAUUCUAACAACACAUGUUACAAUAACUACAGAAAUGGCAAAGAAUAAGAUACUUUUUAUCAGAGAAAAUCUUUAAUCUGGUGUGCUCUUUGGUGUGAAAUGUGCACGCACCUUUAGUGUGAAUAUGAAUAUGACUAGAUGAAAGGUAGAUUUUAUAUGAAUUGCUAUUGCAUAGCAAAAGCCUAGGUUCUUAGUGAAAUGGCUAGAAAAAGCGAUGGUGGCCUUUUGAUUGAUUUCGGACAGCAAAAGGUUUUGGCAAGUUUAAAAAAUAGAGUAUUGUAUGGGCAUACAUAAAUAGUUUAAAUAUUCUACUCUUAUUUUUUAAUUUUCGAAAUUUAAUUGCUAAAAGGCCUGUAGCCAUCGCAUUAUGUAAAAUAUUAUAAAUAAAAAAUAUUAUUUAACAUUUCAUAGUGAAGAGUUUUGUUUUUUCAAUUUUGUACAGUCAUUAAUAAAAAUAUGCGCUGAAAAUUACGCGCAAUAUAGGUAUAAUGUAAUGUAAAAUAUUUGGAAGUUUCGUAGUUUUUUAUUGAAUUAUAAAUUGAGUAAGCUUAUUUGUGAGUUGGGGCGAUGUGUGUAAAAUUACGUACUUUAUUUCAUAUUUAUUUCGUGGUGUAUUUAAAUUGUAAUUUAUUUAAUUUAUUGCAUGAAAUUCAUUCUGCAAAUGUAGUAUUUGUCUCGAAUAAAAAUAGGGCAUAUUUUUGUCAGUGACUGUACUAUAUUUUGUGAAACUUUGAAUAGUAGGAGACUUUUAUGUUGGAAGCUUUCAGCCUUAUUUUAAUUUGAGGCGUCAUGGGACGCCACUACGGUGUCAUGGGGCGCCACUCCGGUGUCAUUGGAAAAUUAUGUAAUAUCAAAUAAAUUGAAAUUUGAUUUCA